UGCUGCCCGGCGCGCCCGCGUGCUCGCCCGCAUGCUCGCUCCCGGCGGGCCCCAGUGCGCGUGCACCCGGGGGACCUCCUCACUCUCUCUCUCUCUGCCCCGCUCCCGGCGCCGUCGAGAAGUCAUGUCGUGCAAAGCCACCGGCUGCCCCUGGGAUUAAUCGAGUUGUGAAAGUGAAAACCGGAGCGCGGGGGGCUUUCCUUCAGCCGAGGGGGAGAGUGAGUGGGCGCAGAGUGCCCCCUUCUCCUCCUCCUCCUCCUCCUCCCGCAGCCCUGUGUCCGCUCUCCCCUCAUUGUUUGGUCUGCUCGGAGCUGCAGCCGCACACAAGUGGCCUGCAUUCGCCCCGGUGCUUUCCCCCCACCCUCUGCUGUUUGUGGAUGUACAAAGAUGGAGACGGGAAUGGACAAGGAAUGCGGAGCCCUCGGUGGGCUCUUUCAGGCGGUCAUCAAUGACAUGAAGGGAUCAUACCCAAUCUGGGAGGACUUCAAUGCCAAAGCCGCCAAACUUCACUCCCAGCUCAGGACCACUGUACUGGCAGCAGCUGCCUUCUUGGAUGCAUUUCAAAAAGUGGCAGACAUGGCAACGAACACACGAGGUGCCACGCGGGACAUCGGCUCAGCAUUGACCCGAAUGUGUAUGAGGCAUCGCAGUAUCGAGGCCAAGCUCCGGCAUUUCACCAAUGCCUUGAUGGAAAGCCUGAUCAACCCCUUACAGGAGAGGAUAGAAGACUGGAAAAAGUCUGUCAACCAGCUGGACAAGGACCAUGCCAAAGAGUACAAACGAGCUCGACACGAGAUAAAGAAGAAAUCGUCUGACACUCUCAAACUCCAGAAGAAGGCACGGAAAGGUAAGGGUGACCUUAGGCCUCAGGUGGAGAACGCCGUGCAGGAUGUGAACGACAUGUACCUGUUGCUGGAGGAGAUGGAGAAGCAGGCUGUGCGGAAGGCCCUCAUCGAGGAGAGGGGCCGCUUUUGCACCUUCAUCACCUUUCUACAGCCCGUGGUGGAUGGGGAGAUCGCGAUGCUGGGUGAGAUCACCCACCUCCAGGCAAUUGUUGAUGAUCUUGUCAUCCAGACAGCAGAACCACAGAAGCUGCCUCCAGCCAGUGAGCAGGUGAUUAAGGACCUGAAGGGCUCUGACUAUACCUGGUCCUACCAGACUCCACCAUCUUCCCCCAGCAGCUCGAGCUCCCGAAAAUCCAGCAUGUGUAGCAGUGUAAAUAGUACAAACAGCAGCACUUCACGCUCCAGCGGAUCCCAGACUCACUCGCCAAGUUCAAACUACCGCUACCGCAGUUUGGCUCAGCCCGCCAGUUCCAGCACCCGGCUCUCCAGUGUCUCUUCACAUGAUUCUGGCUUCAUAUCCCAGGAUGCCAUGUACUCCAAGCCACCGUCACCCAUGCCAUCAGAUAUAACCAGUCAGAAGUCAUCGAGCUCAGCUUCCUCAGAGGCAUCAGAGACUUGUCAGUCCGUCAGCGAGUGUAGCUCACCUACCUCGGUUAGUUCUAGCUCCACGGCUGGAGCCUGGUCAGGUGGUGAAAAGGUGAAUCACCCAUACUCAUCGCUAAUUCCCUCCCACCCGGGCAUGAGGAUCCAGCAAGUAAAUGCCAUACAGCACGGUCGGGAUAACUUGGUUAAUCCACAGUCCAUGUGCUUGGGGCCCAUUCCCACCCCUCAUUUUGAUACUUUCAUGCCUGGUUAUGUACAUUGCCAUCUUCCUAGUGAGUGCUCUUCACCUGCGUUAUUCAGCUGUGCUCCCACCAUCCCAGGCAGCAGGUUCAGUGCUAGGCCUGGCCCUGCUGUUUUCCCUGAUAACCCUCCCUUUAACCACCCCCUUCGAGCUAGCACAGCCUCAUCGAUCCCCAGCUGGAAGGACUGGUCGAAGCCCGGGCCGUACGACCAGCCGGUAGUGAACACUUUACAGAAACGCAAGGAGGCAGUCGAGCGGUACCGUGAAGCAGAAGCGGUCUCGGCUGCUGUGGUCUAUCCAGGAAUCAGCAUCGAGGAGGGACAGAGGCCUCGUGUGACUGCAGCAUCACUGGCUGCAAAGCAUGGGGAGGAGAUCUCUACGGCAGCCAGUGACCUGGCCAUGGUGCUGACUCGUGGCCUGAGCUUGGAGCACCAGAAGAGCAGCCGUGACUCUCUGCAGUACUCGAGCGGUUACAGCACCCAGACCACAACGCCUUCCUGCUCCGAAGACACCAUCCCUUCUCAAGUUUCAGAUUACGACUGCUACUCCGUCAAUGGCGACGUGGAGACAGAUCACCAGAGUGAGUUCGACAGGUCAUCGACCAUCCCACGGAACAGUGAUAUCGCACAGAGCUACCGCAGGAUGUUCCAGGCUAAACGGCCUGCCUCAACAGCCGGGCUGCCCUCAGGGAUCGUGUCGGGGCCCUCAGGGGUCACCCCCGGGGUGGCCACGAUCAGACGCACCCCCUCCACCAAGCCCUCUGUGCGGCGUGCCCUCUCCAGCGCUGGCCCGAUUCCCAUCCGUCCCCCGAUUGUGCCGGUGAAGACGCCCACUGUGCCGGAUGGCCAGCUCCCCGCCAGAGUGGGCAGUGACGAGAGUGUGUUUCUCAUCGAUGAUGCCUCGCCCGGCACCCUCGAGCACGUCAAGGCCUCACCCAAGCGGCUGAGCCUACCCAAUGCAGCCUGGAGUGGGGCUGCCGCGGAGAUCUCCGUCUACCCGGGAGGCCACAUGUCGAGCGAGGAGCAACAGCAGCUGGCUGCCAACCGCCACAGCCUGGUGGAGAAGAUCGGCGAGCUGGUGGCCAGUGCCCAGGCUCUAGGUGAAGGACAGUUCCCCUUCCCCUCGGUGCCCCCCACCUCUGACGACAGCUUGGGCCUCCCGUUGCCCCCUGUCUCCCCCAGCGAGGCCCCUGAAGACAUGCUGACUGCCAUCCGCCGGGGCGUCAGGCUCAGGAGGACCGUCACCAACGACAGGUCCGCACCCAGGAUUUUGUGACGGUGGAACCUGGGGCUCCAGGACUGGUUGGUACUGGCAGGCAAGGAGAUCGAGCUGGGCCGCAACAUCUCCUAAAAUGAACCCUGUGUGAUACGAUGAGAAGAUCGAACCAAAAGACCCUGAACUCUUACUUAACAAAUCUGGUUUCCAAUACAGUGCCAUGAACUACCUUAAACCAAGCAAGAACAACCUUCUGGUGUGGCGGAACAGAAUAUUUUAAAUUAAGAUGUGGCAGGUUUUAAAUGCGUGUAUUAUGUUCGUUAAAAGAGGAAUUUAACAUUUUGUUCUUUAAGAUAUUCUAUCAGCCGUUUACUGACUCACUGUGUGACUCUUUUUUUAGCUUUUGCCGUAUUUGACGCAAUGCAGAAAUGUUCUCUAAUGUGCUCCGUGUAGCUUCAAACACUGUGGUGAUUUGCAGUCAUCCUCAAUGUGCAUCAGUCCUCAAUGUGCAGCCCCAGAGUCGCGGAGGAAUGAGAGAGGGCGGGGUGGGAUUGGGCGGGGGAAGGAUGUCCAAUGGGAGAAAUAGUCUGCUGGUUCAGAGGAAGAGGUGCAGGUUGCAAAUUCCUUCGGUGCUUUGCGCUUCCCUUGCAUUCGUUCAUGUUGUUGGGGCUGCUUCAAGAUCAUUUUUGAAUAUUAGACUGCUCCCCAUCUUAACCAACUUGAAGCUGGAAGUUCUCUGUCUUCUUGUGAGUCCCAGUAUUCUUCACAUUUGCAAUUGGAUUUUUCUGCGUCCGAUUGUCCAAGCAGCUGAUCUUAGCAAUCAAAAAUCAAACCUUUGCAGCCCUGCUGAAUGGUGCAAAUGGAUUUUGGUCUCUUCUAUGGUAGACUUAUUUCGACACUUGUAGUACUAAUAUAGUGAUUUUCAAUUGAAAAGGCACCCCCGACCGGUAGACGGGUAAGUCUGAAUUAGGAGGUGAACCUAACAGUUCAGUCACUCUCUGUUACCCUUUUAGCAGUCCUACCUGUUGGAUAUUUAUUUGUAAUAGACUCUCUUUUCACCUUUGGGGAAGCAAGUGGAGUGAUAUCUUGGGGGUUGCAUCUACCAUAGCCUUUCGUUGAUGUAGAAUUGGCCAUUUCCCCGAGUGGAUCUCCAGAGACGAGCUAGAGAUUUGAUACACAAUUAUCCUUACUGGGGAGUGUUGGUGGGGAACAGCAUCCAUUGAACAUCUAAUACAGCUUUAUUUGCCAAUGUAGUUACCCAGAAACCUGCCAAAAUUUCUCAGAAUGAUUGCAGGCCUGUCUGAGGGUAACUUCCUUUUAGAUUGUGCACUGUUUUUUUUUUGUCUUGAGGCAAUGGGUGAAAAAGAAAAUAACUCCUCAUUAAAACCGGCCUUUCAGGUUGCUGUUGAUGUGGAGAACAAAGCAGUCCAGCCAGUAAGGUUUAUUAUUGUGUGUGACUCACCUCCUGCAUGAAAAGUGCAAUUUCUCCCACAAAAGUGUACCCUCUGCUGCUUGUUCCAGAGCCAAAAGUGACUACUAUUUAUACAGCAAAAAACAAGUCAUAGAGUUGUACAGAACCGGCCCGUCACAACCAUUUCCCCCGUACUAGUGUACCAGUUUAAGGACUGUAUCCUUUUACACUUUGCCUAUUUAAGUGUCUGUCUAAGUACUUGAUUGUAUCUGAUUCUAUCACCUCCCCUGGUAGCACGUUCCAGAUAUCAACUCAGUGUAUCAAAUGAUCCCUUGUAAAAUUCCUACCUCCCACCUUAAAUCUAGGCACUCUUGUUUUUGAUACUCCUAUCAUGGGAAAAAAGACUUUGACUAUCUCUGCCUCUCAUAACCUUACAUACAUCAACCAGGUAAUCCUUCCGCCUCCUUCACUUCAAGGAAAGCAAGCCUAGACUAUUCAAUCUCUCUCCCAUGAGUGAACUCCUGCAAUCCAAGCACCAUCUUGGGGAAUCUCCUCUCUACUUCUUUUUUUAGCGUUAUCACAGCUUUUCUAUGGUGUGGUAGCACAAUAUUCUGAAUGCAGCAUUACUAGUGUUUUGUGAAGGUGCUACAUAACAUGUCAACUCUUCUGUGUCCCAACCCAGGGAGGCAAGCAUGUAUUUGCCACCUUCACCACUGUAUCCAGGGUGAAUACACCUGAUUUAGCAAGCAAAGCAGAAAUACACUUGCCAAGUCACAUUCAGAGCUUUUAAGGGGGAAGAUGAAAUCUUUAGCCAAAAAGGUAGGUUUUAAGGAGCAUCUUAAAGUGCAAAUAGUGGUUGAGUUGUUUAGAAUAGGAAUUCCAGAGUUUAAGUUCUUGACAAGCAGAGGUAGAACAAUUAAAUGUGGGCAUGCUGGAAAGCAGAGCUGGUGAUGUGUGGAUACGGAGCAUAAAGGGAUCUUUAUGGGAACAGGAAUGUGAGAAAUCAAGGCAUUACUUAACCAAAGUCCAGAGAAGAUCAUCAUCUAAGGGGUGAAAGAAACUUGGUGCAAGUUCAGUCACUAGGAGAUUUAGAUUGGUUCCUGUGUGUGGAACGGAGAUCAGUUGGAAUAGGGAGGGUCGCCUCCGAAGCGUAUGGUGACAUAUCCAACUGAAUCCUCCUGGAGGAGAAGGUUUUCGCUGUAGUUGGACUGAGGUAUGGUUGAAACAGAUAAUGUCAAGGAUUUGGAAAUGUUUGUUCAUGGUGAUGGUGUACUCUCACUCUCCCUCUCCUUCAGAAGGGCAAAAUCCUCAAUCCCUUUCCAUGGAUCCGAAGUCCACAUUCCCACUGCUAUUGGAAUCCUGUAACUGUCCCGUGACUCAAUUCCAGUACCCAGAUCACCGAAUGCAAGAGAGGAGAGUGGGUUAAAAUAUUACUGGGGUUAGGAGAAGGAAAGUGACCAGCUGCAGCUGACAUUCCAAGGCAGUAACCAGCAUGUACUGUGUUAGGUGUUAUUGAAGUAAAGCUGGGAGUACACAGUAUGUCAAAGACUUGAAAGGUUAACUCUUUCUUUCUCUGCAGGUGCUGGCUGACCUGUGAAGUGUUUCCAGUACGUUUGUUUUCAGUUUAAUUUUUACUUGCUGACUAUUGAGAAACCUCUAGUUUCUCUUUGAGCAGUACAGUCUGGAGAGGUUAUCCUGUGAGGGCAUAUGUUGCAUUUCUUUCCUCUUGUUUGUGUGGUCAAGAAUUUCCUGGAUGUGCCCAGGAACUGCUGAAAUUCCCUACUUAAUACUACAGAGGUGACUGGUGUAUGGCACAGGGUCUGUCAAAGGGCCCUCCACUCCUGCUGUUUUAUUGGGAGGCUUGAAAUAGGACCAGCAUUUAUUCCAUUUCCUCCAGUGUUUUGUGUGUGUUGCUUUGGAUUUCUAGCAUCUGCGGACUUUCUUGUGGUCAGUAACUCAAGGGUACGGGAUGGUGAUUUUGGUGUGGUUGCCGUGAGUAGCAGGAGCAAGUCUUUUUGUGAGGAAGGUCGCCUGGAAAUUUGUUUCAGUGAUACUAACUGAAGCAUAGUGGCCGGUAUACGUCAUGAGAUUGUCAGUGCUGUCUUGAAUGAUGGACUAAGGAUCGGAUUGGUGCAUUGGCCUAUUUUUUGUCAUGUAGUGAUUUAUAUUUCCGAAGAGCACUAGUCUGGAUUAUGUCCUCAGAUAUCUGGGAAGGAAUUGGACUAACAUCUUGACUCAAAAGCUAGGGAGCAACCUUUAAAGCUAAGGUUCACCUCAGUACUGGAACCCAAGAGCUGAAGAAUGUUCUGCUUAAUGCUGUUGUUGAACGGUGGGCAAACAUCAUUGUGAUGUGCAGCACAGUUUUAGAGCAAGGCUUAUACUCUAGAUCACACUUAAAUGAUUGCUUAAUUGCAAUUUUAGUAUUUAUUAGCUAGAUAUUUGUGAAAUAAUGUGUGAGAAGUUGUAUGAUUCAUUAGACAUUAUAUAAUCCUUUUAUCGCUUGCAGGGAAAAGAGGUUUUUAACAUUAUAUAGAAGUUUCCAGAAAAUGAAAAUUGUGAUUUUUUUCUCAUAUUAGCUUUUUAGAUUUUUUUUCUGGAAGUCUCCAAAUGAACAUUUUGACACCUGCCUGAAAGGUGCUUGUCAGUAUAUUUGUGCUAAAUGCCAAGUUUGAUUCACCCCGGCCAAGGCUGAAGCAACACAGAGGAGGGGUGAGUGUACACCAGCAAGAUACCAGCUCCUGUCCUCGUGCUCACAGUCUAAAGGACACGCAACGCGUUGCGCAUGCUGCAAACUGCUGCUGGGAUUCAGCGGAAAAGCAACAUCUGUGGAGUCUCGACCCAAGACCGCCUGAUCCAGCGAAUUCCUUCAGUAGUUUGGGCUUUGCUGGUGUUGGCAGUGUUGUGCCACGAGUUGGACACUUACAGCUGUUUCUGUGCCUGGGAGCAUCUCAUCCGGACAAGCACCCGGGGACCAUUACGUGGGCAGGGAUGAACUUGGACGAACAUGUUGAUCUCUGGCUGACAUUAUUGCUAGCAUAUACCCUCUCCUUAGCCUUCUGCCCCAUGCUCACGAUGGGAUGAGCUGUAAUGGCCCAUUGCUUCACUGUGAACCACCCCAAGAAGAGUUUAUUAAUGUUUAGAUGCAAGUACGUAAACUUACAUUACUGUCCAUUGUAAGUGACCAGUUCAGUCUUCAGCAACGAUUGUUUAAUUUUAAUUCAGCAGGGUGAGAAAGUAAUUAAAUGGAAUAGAAAUGAACCUACCUGGAGGAAAUGUUGAUGCUGUGACUUUGGGUGACCUUUGUAACAAGGGUCAUUGUGAUGGUUCAGAGUCAUGUGAUGCUGGGCUCUGUAUUAAACCUUGUCUCAUGGCUUUCAAUCUAAUAAGCUCACUUUAAGCAAUGUUUUAUAUUGUUACAUUUGUGCAAUAAUUUAAUAAAUACAUCAGGAUGCAAAUUCCUCAUGACUUCUAGUAUGAAGGAUGUGCUGGAGUCAAAGUAGUUGUCCAGUUAUUAAGGUUACUUCACCAAUGGAAUUUUAUUUCAUUUAGGUACAUUUAGGUUUUCUGACAUUUGAGCUCCCAAAGGUGGGCUGUGGAAUUUGGAUGGGCCACCUCACUGGAGAGGGCAAAGACUGGGAGGUAGGACUGUAGGGAUGGGAUGAGGCACGGUGGGGGGGAAUGCUGGAAUACAGGGAGAGGGCAGGGUUUGAUAUGCUGGGGUACAGAGAAGCCAGUGCUUGAGGGGAGGGAUACAGGGAGAGGACAGUUUAGAAUGGAGGCAGUACAGGGAGAGGACAGGUUUUGGAUGGAGGGGGUACAGGGAGAGGACAGGUUUGGAAUGGAGGGGGUACAGGGAAAGGACAGGGUUUGGAAUGGAGGGGGUACAGGGGGAGGACAGUUUGGAAUGGAGGGGGUCCAGGGAAGGGACAGGUUUGGAAUGGAGGGAGUACAGGGAAAGGACAGGUUUGGAAUGGAGGGGGUACAGGGAAAGGACAGGGUUUGGAAUGGAGGGGGUACAGGGAAAGGACAGGGUUUGGAAUGGAAGGGUUACAGGGAAAGGACAGGUUUUGGAUGAAGGGGGUACAGGGGGAGGACAGUUUGGAAUGGAGGGGGUCCAGGGAAAGGACAGGUUUUGGAUGAAGGGGGUACAGGGGGAGGACAGUUUGGAAUGGAGGGGGUCCAGGGAAAGGACAGGGUUUGGAAUGGAAGGGUUACAGGGAAAGGACAGGUUUGGAAUGGAGGGAGUACAGGGAAAGGACAGGGUUUGGAAUGGAGGGGGUACAGGGAAAGGACAGGGUUUGUAGGAAGGGGAUAGGGUUUGGAAUCAAUGGGAUACAGGGAGAGGACAGGGUUUGGAAUGGAGGGGGAUAGAGUUUGGAAUCAAUGGGAUACAGGGAGAGGACAGGGUUUGGAAUGGAGGGGGAUAGGGUUUGGAAUCAAUGAGAUACAGGGAGAGGACAGGGUUUGUAGGAAGGGGAUAGGGUUUGGAAUCAAUGGGAUACAGGGAGAGGACAGGGUUUGGAUGGAGGGGGUACAGGGAGAGGACAGGUUUGGAAUGUUGGGGAAUGGAGAGGACAGAUUUUGGAUGGAGGGGUACAGGGAGAGGACAGGGUUGGGAUGGAGGGGUAAGGAUGAAGUCUGGUUAAUGUAAGGGGAGAGAGCAGAGUUUGGAAUCAAUGCAAGGGAACUACCUCAGUUUGAAUCUGCACAAAGUUUGUUAUGCAGGUGAUAAUUGCUUUUCGGGAGAGUCAGGAAAUGGUCCUUUGGAGAAGGUGCCAAAGGCAAUAAUACUCACCCCCCAUCACCGAGGCAGAGCGGACACAUGAUGUUUUACACAGUGGUUCCUGUAUAAUUGUGUUCACCUGUAAAGCCCUUCUUUUAGCUAUUUCCUUUUUCCUUCACAUGAGGAUCUGACUGUGAGUGAAUUGAGGUGAGAGUGGGAGGGGUCAGGGUUGGAGAUCAAGUUGGCAGUGUGGAUGAGGCUGGAGUGUUGUGUGAUGUAUCGGUUGAAUGGAAAGAGCAGGCCUGGCAGGGAAAAGGAAAACAGCUGGUUAUUGGAGAUGGGGAAAGCCCGGAGGAAUUUCGUCAUUAAAUAUGAAGUGUUUAUGACCGUUAAACCAAGUGACUGUGUUGAGCUAAGCACUACAAUUUGCAAUGAAAGGAGCCUCAGAAAGGCAAGCAUUGCUGUGUGUUGCUGAGAGAGCCAACUUAUGUGUUGUGAGAUUUUGAGACUGUUGGCUGCACUGCAAAUUGACUAUUAUCUUUUGGUCCAUACUUUAAGUGACCAAGUAAGCCAGCAGUUUUUUUUUGUGUUGGAUCGUGUUCUGUGUUUGCAAAGUAGCAGGCCUAGGCCAGGAGCUGUUGCUUGGGCAGUUUCACUCCCUCCCAGCAGUUGGCAACAUGGAUCAGCUCUCUUUUGAGAGAGAUUUCUUCAGUGAGGAUGCAAAAACAAAGACAACCGUGGCACGGUGGAAUCAGCCAGGUUAGAAUCAGGGCUAGGAGUCGGGCUAUCUGUUCACAACCAGCAGGGUGAUUGCCGCUCCUGUGUUUGUCUUUCUCCUCACCUUGGGUUGCCUCACGGCCAUGUCCACGUCUCCAUUCCCUUCCUCCAAUCCCUCUCACCUUGAUAUCCCAAUACUGUUCUACACUGGAGAGCUCAGGCUGGGCAGUUGCAUAGAUUAGAAGGAUGUGGGCAGAACUCAGGCCCGAAUGGGACUAGCUGAGGUAGCCGUGUUUGAGAGGGGCCAUAGGUUCUGCUUUUCCAAGCUCUAAAUAUCAUCAUUGCCGUGUUGUACAACACAGGUGAUCAUAGUCUAUGAACAUGAUGUUCUUGGCAAGUUCUACAGAAGUGGUUUGCCAUUGUCUUCUCUGGGCGGUAUUCUUACAAGAUAGAUGACCCCAGCCAUUAUCAAUACUCUUCAGAUCCUGUCUGCCUGGCAUCUGUGGUCGUGUAACCAGGAUUUGUGAAAUGCACCCACUGCUCCCAUGGUUUCGCAUGACCCUAUCGGGGUGGGGUGUGCUAAGCAGGUGCUACACUUUGCCCAGGGGUGACCUGCAGGCUAGCAGAGGGAAGGAACGCUUUGGACCUCAUUUGGUAGAGACCCACCAUCCCUAUUUGAAUAUCAGUUUGUUUAAAAGAUGCUUCUGGAUGAGUUCAAUGGGCGCCGGCCGGGGUCGGGGAUGUUCAGUGUUGUGCUCUGUUUUAACUGGCUGUUACUAGUUAUCUGAAUUACAUCCAACUUUCAGGAUUUGGGGGAGACAGGCUGAGGAGUUUGGAAGUGGGCAGUGGUUGGAGUUGGCCAACAAGGCAAGAGGAAAGAAAUGUCAAAUUGUCAAAUGUGUCUGUUUAUUUAGUAAGUACAUUUCAAGUAGACAGGGCAGGUGGUGGGAGCGUGGUGUAGUACAAAAUUCUGGUCUGUGGGGAUACUUCUGCUCAGGUACAAGUGGCCGAGCUUUGUUCUCUGACAGUGCCAUAAACUUAGAUGUGUCUGCUGUCACACAGAACGACCGCCAGCCAGGGAAAGCUAGUCUAAGGAUUGGGAGCUUGUAAGAGCAGAGAGACACAGACACUGGCCAGUGCCUUAAUGCGAAGGGGAGAUCAUUUAACAGUAAACUCCAGGUGGGUGGUGGGUGAGGCAUGAUCGGAGAACUGGCAGGUACCUUAGUGCUUCUGAAUGAGUAAGUGGAAGAUCAGUUAACAUCCUGGAGAAGAACAAAGGGUAAAAUCAAACAACUGCCUGAAAAUCCGACCACGAAAGCUCCCUCCCACUUUAUGAUGCUCCUUCAAUUCGCUUCUCUGACAUCUCCCGUGUGUGGCUUGGCCUCAGUGUUUGUCUUUGGUGCUAAAGGCAUGCAAAAUACCGUCAAGAAAUCAUGGGUUGCUGGGGUGACUGAUCUAACUGACUGAGAAUGGCAGACCAUGGAGAGAAACUAUUUUAAAAUCCACAGGGGCCAGAGGUUUUGUGCACUGCCUCUUUCAGUUUCAGAUUGCCACUUGCCAGAAGUAUUUCUGGAGUCUAGAGGGUAGUGUUGUGGUCUGAAGAUGUGUUGGAAAGGAAUCACUCCGGCGAUGGCAAAGGACUGAGAAAGCUUGCUGUGUAAACACAGGGCUCAGUUUGUCCGGCCAGCCAGCCGCUUCCGGCAGGGACACAGCACGGAAUUCGGCAGCCUCCACCCACACUGCACAUUCCCAAUUCCGCUACCAUGUACCCACCUCGCAGCACCAGUGCGAGGAGCGGGGCGGCAAUUCUCCCGGCUGUUCACCUCCACCGUCACUGAAACCAUUUCAAAGAGCUUACAAUCUCUAUCAUGACAACGGCAGCUUACUUAAAUGUUCUUCCAUUUCUACUCUCACAACCCCGCACUCACACACACGUACGCGUGCAUGCACGCACACACACACAACCUUUUGUACAGACAAGAUAAAACAAACAAAUAAACUGAAAUUAUGUUACUGGUGCUGUUGGUAACCGUCAUUUAAUUUAUUUCAGUACCCAUCCUUUCCACCCCGUUUUGUGAUGUUAUAACAUGUAAAUUUGUUUACUCUCACCGCCUGAAGCCUCAGCCGCACUGUGAUGUUUCCAGUAUUAAUAAAGCUGUGCUGUACAAACCUG